UUACCGUGUGCCAAGGGGGGCGCAGCAACACACAUCCAGCCGGAUCCAGCCGUACAGUUUCAGGGAGCCCGAAUUCGAGAAACCAGCAGAAGAAAUCAGAUAGUAGCAACGAUCUCACUUCGUGCGGGGUGAAACGGUGUGAAUAGCAGCAGAAACGCACCCGGCGUUGAAGAGUAUUGCCAGUGCAACAGUGCAGCAGAUUUGCUGGUAAAGGGCAGUAAAGCUGGAUUACAAAAUGCUGAUGCAGGUGUCCCCGGAUGCGGCCGAUGCCGCACUGGCGUUGGUGCAAUCGGGCGGCACUGGUACGACGACAUCCUCACAGAGCGCACAGAAAGACACGACCUGGACGAAGCUGUUCGUGGGUGGUUUGCCGUACCAUACGACCGACAAGAGCCUGCGGGAGCACUUUAGCGUGUACGGCGACAUAGAGGAGGCCGUUGUGAUAACCGACCGCACGACGAACAAAAGUCGGGGCUAUGGAUUCGUGAUUAUGGGCGAUAGACUGAGUGCCGAGCGUGCCUGCAAGGAACCGAACCCGAUCAUCGAUGGCAGGAAAGCGAACGUGAAUCUCGCGAUACUGGGCGCUAAACCACGGGGCAAUGCAUCACAAGGAUUUCCGUUCGCCACGACAGGACUGCGGACGGCUGGCUAUCCAGUGAUACCGGGACAGUACGGGGUGCCACCGUCCUACAUUUAUGGAACGCCGUAUCUAGGCACGGCGGGUGGAUCGACAGGUGCGGCCGCAACCGCAUCCGGACUGGUACCGAUCCCUGCCACUCAGUUGUCGCACGCAGCAGCGAUUGCUGCCGCCACUAGUCAAUUCUAUGAAUAUCAGAAUGCGGUAGCAGCAGCCGCCGCCGCACCAUAUCCGGGACAGUACAGUACAGGAUUCGAUGCAUAUCCUUAUGCGUCCGGCGCUUCAGCUGCCGGUGCAGCGGCCGCCGCCGCCCAAUACAUGGCCGGUCCGUACACGUACGCCACGUUGCCGCAAGCGGGAGCUGCCGCCGCUGCAGCUGCCGCCGCGGCUGGUGCAUUUCCCGGCCUAUCGCCCUAUCAGAAUGCGACCGGCGCUUCGCUCCAGGAGGCUAGACUGCAAUAAUAUUUACUACCACAAGCGCUGAUGCUGUCGCUGUUCGACGGUGUCGGUGGCGUCAACGAUAAGCGUGCGUAGGAAAGCUAAACCCGCGAGCAGAAGGCAGGUACUCGCCCUUCAUCUCACCUACGGGCGGAAAUGGAAUUGCUGUGCUUGGGGGAGGGGGUGGCGUAAAGCGUUAGCGCAUGAUAUUAGGCAGCCAAAACAAACAAACAAACAAAGGAAUAUAGAAAGGAAACAGUAAUGCAAACCCCCCAUGAAGAAACAAAACAUAUUGGGAAUUAUUUUUAGUUAGCCGGGAUAGUUUUUAAAUCAACUUAGCUAACCCCUUAAGCAUAUGUGUACGGACAUGCAAAUAGUAAGCGAUAAGCAAUGCAAAUGAAGAAUCAGCCGAUCAAUCAAUCAAAUUAAUUGCCCUCAAUUAAUGCUCCCACCAUUCAUCCUUUUCUAAGCAGACGUAGAAGAACAAACAAAACAAAAACACACACACAAGAGCGCAUGUUAUCGCAAUUCGCACAUAUUUAAGCACAUCUUUUUAACCCACUGUUACCGGUCGGGUUACGGAUGGCUCUGAACACGUAAAGAGCAACAAAAAAAAAGGAACGAGUCGUACGAGCAAUCGCACGAAACGAUAUCGCAAGCAUACAAAGCAAGUAAUGAAAUUUACUCUAUUUAUUAUACAACUAGUUUUAACGUACUGUAGAAAGCAGGGGACUCCUUCGACAGGAGUCGCGCCGAAGAUAGGAGAUAAUAACCAAUGAAGAAAGAGGUGUAGAGAGAGGAUGAAAACACAUUAUUUACUUACAUACUUAGGCGUUAAGCAAUACAUAGCGUUUGAAAACGACAUGGGAGUAAAGGAAACAAACAAAAAACUCAAAGAAAAAGGCAGAAUAAAUAUUUAGUAUUCGAUAAAAGCUCAAUUUCUUGUUGUCCCUCGGUGGAAAGGAAAAAAGGAAUCUUGAGGAGCCAGGCAAUAACUAUGCAAAAUAGUUGAACAAUACCACGAUUGGGCAAUGUUUAAUAUCGGAGCGGAAAGACAAAAUGACCAUCCCAGUGAUGGGGCGCAUCCCUUUGCAGAUGGAUCGUGUGGACUGAUAUACGCAAUACUUGUUUCUUUUUACAUACGGAUGGAACGAAGAUAUUGCGAAGCAGGGUCAGAACCAAAUGCUUUGACGGAUGGUAGGCAACAAUUAACCCGUACCCAAGCAAUACCAAUACGUAGCGAACGUCUUAUCCCCACCGAAAAAGCGAAACAACUGGAUCAAGCGAUUAGGAAACAUAGCGGGAGAUCUACACGAAAGCACAGCGACAGGCGCUGUCCGACGAAGGCACCGAGUGAAUAAGUUGUGUUCAACCGGUUGCAAGGCACGCGCGAAGCUUCGAUAAUCAAAACGCAACUAAUUGUGCGUUCGAAUGCAAAAAAAAAAACAAACUAAAAACCCCCUGCUAAAUCACAUCAAGACCACACCUGAUCGUGCUCGAUCCCGCUUCCGUUUCCUUUUCGUGCACGGGGCACAGCAGCAGGCAGCAGCAGCAGAAUGAAAUUCUAGUCAAAUGUGUGUGUAUGUGUGAGCUUUCGUUUGCCUCGUGGAAGUGGUUAAUUUAUUUUUCCCAUUUUGUUGUUGCGUAGGUUUUUGUUUUGUUUAAGAAGCGUAUCGUCGCAACCCCCCGUUUACCCGCUGCCGGAUCUGCCGGAACGUGCCGGGUGGGGGCUGUGGUGAGUGAUUUAGUAAAAUUGUUCCCUUCUUCUUAACCACUUGUUUCAACCGGAACAUUUUGACUUUGUUGGCUUUUGUUGAUAAAUUUGAGUCCAAUUGUACAUUACGGUUUGAGAUUUAUUUUGCGUUGCCUUGGAUUAUGCGACAUUUAAUCAAAAGGUCGCUCACUACAUAAAUUGACGAAUUGCCACUGUUCUUAUUUUGUUUGCAUAUUUAGGUGUUCGAAAACGAAACAAAAAAAAGUUGAAACCUCAAAACCGCCGAUACAAAAGUUAACCUUUAUA